CGUCACACACACACACACAACACAUACACACACACACACGCACGCACACACAUACACACGCACACACACGCACACACACACACAUGUAGAGAGAGAUAGCAACAUGGCCCCCGCGAGCCGGGCCGUUGUUUUGACGGCGCUGCCGCUGCUCUGUCUGUGUCCCGCCAUCUUCUGCACCGAGUUCUUCUCCACGCUGACGCUGUUCAACAACGAGCUCCACAAGCAGGGAUGCAGCUCGCUGUCCGAGUGGGAAGAGUACGCGGCGGACUGCGAGUCGUCCAUUUUACAGUUGGAAGACCCGGACUGCGAGGAGGGAAGCAACCCGCCCUGCGAGUCCGUCUUCUCGCUAAACGCAGAGAAAAUCCUGAACCAGGCCAAGUUGUUCAUAGAGCAGAAGAAAAUCCCCUUCCCCGUGGUUAACCACAACACCAACGAGGAACUCGCUAUAGGCUACGUUCUGAUUGGCAACGGCCUCUACGAUGAAGCCAUCAAACAUUUCUCACUCCUACUACAGGGAGACCCGGAGCUGGUCAGUGCCAUUUAUGGCAGAGGGAUCGCUUAUGGAAAGAAAAGUCUACAGGAUAUAAAGAAUGCUGACUUGGCUUUGUACGAGCUCAACAGAGUCAUCACGCUCGAGCCGAACUGGCCAGAGGUCUACGAACAGAGAGCAGAGAUCCUGUCUCCUCUGGGUCGUAUCAGCGAGGCUCUGGGCGAUCUGACCAAAGCCAUCCAGCUGCAGCCCUCGGCUCGACUCUACAGACACAGAGGAACGCUGCUUUUCAUUUCCGAGGAUUACGUGGCAGCCAUGGAAGACUUCCAGCAGUCUUUGGAGCUGAAGAAGAAUCAGCCCAUCGCCAUGCUCUACAAAGGCCUUACCUUCUUCCACAGAGGCAUGCUCAAGGAAGCCAUUGAGACAUUCAAAGAGGCGCUGAGGUUGAAGUCUGACUUCAUCGACGCAUAUAAGAGCCUGGGACAGGCCUACAGAGAGCUGGGGGACUUUGAGUCGGCCAUGGAGAGUUUCCAGAAGGCCCUCAUGUUGAACCAGAACCACAUCCAGUCGCUGCAGCUCCGAGGCAUGAUGCUCUACCACCACGGCUCGCUGCAGGAGGCCAUCGGCAACUUCAAGAGGUGUCUCCAGUUGGAGCCCUACAACGAGGUGUGUCAGUACAUGAAGGGGUUGAGUCACGUGGCCAUGGGGCAGUUCUACGAGGGCAUCAAGGCUCAGACCAAGGUCAUGUUGAACGACCCCCUGCUGGGACAGAAGGCCAGCUCGGAAUACCUCAAAGUGAAAUACCUCCGAGAGUACUCUCGCUACCUGCACUCCCACCUGGACAUCCCAGUAGCCGAGUACAACGUGGACCAGGAUUUACCCGGGAACUUCAAGAAUCACUGGGCCAAGAACCUGCCUUUUCUCAUAGAGGACUAUGAAGAGCAGCCGGGGCUGCAGCCACACAUCAAGGACGUCCUGCCGCAGAACUUCGACAGCUACAGCAGCGAAGUUCAGAAACUGAUAUGCACAGCAGACCAUCUGGGGGCGCUAAUGCAAUACGACACUCCCGGUUUCUUACCAAACAGGAGAAUACACAGAGCAAUGGGUUUAGCAACCCUGGAGGUCAUGCAGGCAAUGCAUCGAACGUGGAGCAACUCAAAAGUGCGAGUCAACGGCAAGACCAGGCAAAUGCAGUGGAGAGACAUGUUCGACAUAGCUGUGAAAUGGAGGAGGAUCGCAGAUCCAGACCAGCCGGUUCUGUGGUUGGACCAGAUGCCUGCCAGGAGUCUCAGCCGAGGCUUCAACAAUCAUAUCAAUCUCAUCAGGGGACAGAUUAUCAACAUCAGAUAUCUGGCUUACUUCGACAACAUCCUCGACUUUAUCAAAGACAGAAUACUGGUGUAUCAUGGGGCCUACAACCCCAGAGGCUUACUAGAAGUUCGUCAGGCUCUGGAAGAUGUCAACAAAGUAGAAGAUCUUCUGCCUAUAAUGAAGCAGUUCAACAGUAAAACCAGAGACGGCUUCACGGUCAACUCCAAGGUGCCGAGCAUGAAGGACUCUGGGAAAGAGUACGACGGUUUUACGAUCACCAUCACGGGAGACAGGGUGGGCAACAUGUUGUUCUCAGUAGAGACCCAGACGACAGAGGAUCGAACGCAGCAGUACCAGUCGGAGAUCGAGUCCAUCUACAAAGACCUCACUGCCAAAGGAAAGGCCUUAAUGCUGUCCACUGAACUCGGGGAUGCAGAGGCCCUGUGCAACCUCAUCCUCUCCUUGGUUUACUACUUCUGCAACCUCAUGCCCCUCUCCAGAGGAUCCAGUGUGGUGGCCUACUCGGUUGUGAUGGGGGCACUGAUGGCCAGUGGGAAAGAGGUCGUCGGUAGGAUCCCGAAAGGAAAGCUGGUGGAUUUUGAAGCCAUGACCACACCCAGUCCAGACAGCUUCAGUAAAACAGCCAGGAGCUGGAUGAAUCUUAAAAGUUUACCAAGCUGGUACCCGAGUCUUCCGUCCGUAGCGGAGACCUUCCCGUCGACCAGAACGAUGAUCGAGGUUCUCAACACAGACUCAUCGUCACACUGUCCGAAGAAGUCUUAACACAUCUUCUACAGGGGGGGGGGAGGAGUCUGUUCAACACAGUCUUAACGAUAAGUUCUCUAAAGUCAUCAUCGUCAUCAUUAUCUCAGCUUUAAUGUUUAUUUAAAUUUUAAGAAAGAAAGUCACUGAGCUGUUUCCCGAUAGUACUGAGGUGAUGGUGACGACACAUGUUCAAAAGAUUAUUUCAAAGAGGCUUUUCCUCUGAAGUGAUGAUCAUUAUUUGGGUUUUCCCCCAAUUAAAACUGCAAUUCAUUAUAUUUUGGUAUCAAAACCCUUAUUUGUUCCAGAUCCUGCUUUGUUUCUCGUCAUCUUUCCUUAAAAUGCCUCUUCACACGACUCCUAACAUUGAAUUUAGCUCUUAAUUUAAAAAAAAUAAUAAUUCAUUGCAUUGUGGUCCAACGUUGUCACAAAACCUGAUCUACCAAAUCUACCAAAAAUAUUGAUUUUACAAUAUACAUGAAAGGAGAAAAAAAGAGGCAGAUCUUCAUAUUUAAGAGCCUGGAAUCAGACGGUGUUUGGUAUUUCAUUACUAUUUCUGCUUAAAAGAAAUGAAUCGGUUCGGUUUGGGCACCGCAGCCUAGGUUUCAGUUAACUGAAAUUCAGUCCCUGUAUUUUUCACACUCCAGCUGUUUUUUGUUGUUUGAGAAAUGACAGAGCAUUGAAGCAGGGUGUGUCCACUAGUCUGGGAUGCAGGCCUGCAGGAUUCUGUCCACCCUCUCCCUUCUUCUCAUGCUGAAACACCCGAAGCACAAGAUUCAAACCGUCAGCAUGAACAAUCUGUCGUUGCAUAGACAUGCCUAGAUCCCUAGUUUUAAGUCACCAGGAAUGUUUACCUGGAUCUUAAUUUCUUGAGAUUGAGUUUUAAAGUUAAUUCCGAUACGUAUGAGAGUUUUUAUUUAAUAUUGAAGAUUGUAAUUGGCACUUUAAACCUCUUUUGUUUCUUUUCUUUUUAAACCGAUGCUGUGCUCUCACAAAGCAGCCGGUCAGCAGAGAAGGAUUGAGGGGAUCUGUAAAGAUAUGACACAAAACCAUCAGGGCUAUUGAAUUCCACUUGGGAUACUUGAAGCAGUCUCUUUUAAUUUAGUUUUGUGCAACACUCGCGGGAAGAGUCACUUCCCUUUCAGAGUACUGAACCCUGGUUUUCUUUGAAUGUGACAGAUGAUGUGUUGGGAUGAAGAGAUGAGUCAGACAGUCAGAGACUUUAGAGAACCGGUCAUUGAAAAGACAGGUCAGUUUCAAAUUUGAUUAAUGGGAUUCAUCAAGCAAAAAUAUCAAAACAAUUCAGGUUCGGGUGAAUUAAAUAAAAGUCUUGUUUGGAAGUUUUUGGAAACAAAAGCUGUGUGAGGAUGUCAUCAUAGGACAUUUUCUCAAUUUAAUGAUUUACAUUAUUUUGUUUUCUUUACAUUUACAAUUUGACAACGGAAUUAAUGCUCAUAUUAUUAAUGCAGAUAAUUCAGAUUAAAAAAAAAUAAAGAAUCCUCACAAAGACGUUUCAUUGGCCGUAUGUUUGAGAAAUGCUUGUCUGAAGAAAACAUCACUCGUGUACUUCACUUAAAAAGUGAUUUAUUUCUCUUCAAACUCUUCAAGCGAGACAAGAUUUUGAAUUCUGCCUUAGUCGAUAACCGAGUCGAUUUUUAUUGACACGUUCUUGGAAAUCGAACAUGCACAGACACGUGCGUCGUUUAUUGUUUUCUAGAGUUUGAAUCUGGAAAAAUAAAUCCUGUGAGUGACGAAUGCAUGUGAUGUUUUCAUGCAGCGACCUUAUUAAACUGAAGUGUCGGGUGUUGAGGAGUUUAAAGCACAAGGAGAAAAGGUGUCAGCAUAUUCAUCUACCCAGAGUGAUCAGUGACAGUAUUGAGUCCUUAUGAACAAAAUCUAAGCCACUUUCAUUUUCUUCUUCUAUAAUUUAAAAAUACCAUCGCUGAAUGUCCAGUUCAAUGGCUGACACUUGUGUUUCUUUUUUCAUAUCAACGAUUGUUCUGACGGGUCGUUGUUUUGUCCGAUUUGAUUUCACAGUCAGGACGUGCUACUGAGAGAGCACCACAUAUUCUUAAAGCUUGAAAACUUGAAGGAGGGAAUUUAUUUUAAUGUUUUUUUUGUUUUUUUUAAAUGAAUGAUUGAGUGAAUGUUCCCCAGUCAAUAAAAACCGGUUGACAAAUUGAA